AUGAGUUCCAUUGCAUCCGGCAACUUUCCCGUCUACCUUGGAGUCUGGAUCAAUUGGUCCAAAGGCCCUGUUUUCGGCUCGACUCUCACAUUGACACGAGCGAAAGGCGACUUGCUUAUUGCCUUCAUCGCAUUUUUUGUAACGUUUAUUGGCACACGCCUGUGGCGCAUAUUGUGUUUGAUUUUUCAUACCACUGGAUCGAAGCCAUCGGCACAAGAGGGUUUCUACCACCAGCGCCAGGCUAUUCUGCGCAACACCGCAAACGCCGACUCAGGACUUUACCGCCUGAUUCAAAUUCUUUACGCGUGGCGUAACACAUCCAAAGCUGUUUGGCCUAGCCUCCUGCCUUCGACGAUCACGGCUGCACUCGUCACUGCGGGCUUCAUCGUCGCCAGCGGCUUCUCUUCGCAAAUCAGCAGCGCGACCGGCGAUGAGGUGCUGCUGACCGGCUCCGGCUGCGGGAUUAUGGAAAAUGCAGACAACGACUUAAGUUCCGCUGCCUCUCUUUGGACACCUUACGAGUCGCGACAAUGGACCAAUGCGGCCAACUACGCCAAUGAAUGCUACGAAGAGAAUAGCGCCACGGGUUUUGUGGACUGCAGCACAUUCAUCUCAGCUAAGUUGCCAUUUAGCAUGCAGACCAAUGCGUCCUGUCCUUUCGACGAAGAACUCUGUGUGACAUCAUACGGCAAUGUACUCCUCGAUACGGGGCUAUUAGAUUCGCACGACCACUUUGGGAUAAAUGCACCAAAGAGCCAGAGAAUCAAGUGGCGCAAAACGAUGCAUUGUGCACCACUGGUCACCGAGGGCUACAAGGAGACUAGUAAUUCCUCUAUGUCGCUACAAUCACCCAAGCCAGUCUCGAAGUACUACUACGGCAGACGGCUAGAUCUCGACAGGAACUUCACCUAUAGGUACGGAAGCAACCCGCAAGAUCAUCCAUACGACUUCAACAUGGCACCGCCAUCGUACACUAUUGCUAAGGCUUUUGUUUCCCCGAGAAACGGCUCUCUUAGCGGCUGGGACAGCACACUUGAACCUAUUCCUGGACUCUGGCGUGCAGACGGGGACCUAUCCGUUAAUUUCCUGUCAGCCAACGGUAUAAUAAACCUCUACAAGAUCGAUGAUCCGUGGUUCAAAGCAACGACUCCCGGUAUUCAUGUUAACAUACUAGGAUCCCACCGCAACGACAACGGUUCCUCCUUGACCACCUAUGUCCAAGACGAAGCCGCCUCGCCCAUGGCCUGUCUCGAAAGGCAGCAACUCUGCUUCACUCCACCGGGACAAAGCACGCAGAUAUGCACCGACCUCGGGCCUACCAAUGACUUGGUGCUCGGCAUCUUGGCUAAGCUGUCUCGCGGAUCAUUCCAGGAGCGGGUCGGAUGGUUCUACGCUGUAUUAACGACACCAUGGAACAUAAUAGCCACAAUGAGGAGUGAACUUCAAGGCAGCCAGCUGCUGGCGCGAUACCAUCGGGCCUUGAACGGACAGGGCGCUUUGCCGAGUAACCAGUGGCAGCUGGAGAUGCAGUAUUGGUUCGCAUCAAUUUUAGCAUCCGUACAGCAGGCGUUUGUCCGUGCCGCUACCGGUUCGCCUAGCCGUGACUUGGACCAGUAUUUGCACCCACCGAAAAGCCCGGAGGGUAGAGAGAUGUGCAAAAACCAGAAAAUCAGAAGCAAAGCGUACGCUUCAUUCAACAUGUUCGGACUAAUCUUCGUUGUCACUUUCGGCGCCGUCAUCACGCUCAUCUCGUACAGUAUAGAGCCCAUCAUGGAGUGUCUGUAUCGCCGCUCAAAACACCGAGACGGCUAUGCAUAUCUAGAAUGGGUCAGCAACUCGACACUUCAGACGCAGAGAAUGGCGCACCAGAGCGUCGGAGCAGGAACUUGGUCGAAAGCCACCGACAUGGUGCCUCUUACUGAGGCUGGAAAUAAGCUCGCGACUCUGGAUUUGCAGGAUCCAGAGCAGCCGGUUCUGCGACGAUCAAACGGGACUUUCGCGUCGGCUUUGGAGAUGGAGGAAGGCAGUUCCAUCUGCAGCGAGCAGUCGUCUACAGCGGCGGCCUCGGAGCAGCAGUCGGUAAAGAGUAGUGUGGAUGCUGCGACGCAGGUUGCCAUUGAAGAAGUACAACCGGCCACUAAGGAAGAGCCGCAAAUUUCCGAAGAAGUAUCCCCAGUCGCGGAAGAAGUACCGAUAAGAACACACUCUCCUACGGUUGGAUAACCGGGACGAACGGAAAAGUAGAUGGAUUUGUUCUAGUGAUAUGAAAAUAGCACCAAGUACUAAAAUAUUAUCAAUAUGCUAUUUGAUUCCUACGAGUAAAUAUAAUAAUCGGACUUACUUAAAGAGUAAUUAAAUAAUAGG